CUCUCUCUCUCAUGAAGCUUUUCAUGGUCUUUUUGGUUGUCUUCUUGUCAUUUUCUAUGCAACCAAAUCCAUCUUGCUGUGAUCUUGGUCGAAAAUGGCGGAAAUCAAUGAGCUCGAGAGGGCGACGAUGCUAGGGACGGUGACGGGGCCGUACCAACCCGAGCUCCUGGUGUGUCAGAAGGUGGGCCACUUGAUUACUUCGCGGGGAUUUUGGUACUCCGACCCCUUCAGCUCCGCCUUGCCUGUCCUCUUGUUCCAGAUCAUCUUGAUCUUCUUCACCACGCGGAUCCUUGUCUUCUUCCUCAAACCUCUGCGCGUCAAUCUGUUGAUGGGUUACAUUCUGGCGGGCAUAAUCAUCGGUCCGACCGUUUUAGGUCGCAACGGAGCAUACUUUGCCAAAGUGUUCCCGCCGGGGAGCAUAUCUGUCCUGAUGACAUUAGCAGAUGUAGGGUUCAUGAUCCACGUCUUCACCAUCGGCUUACAAGUCAAUAUCGACAUGCUGACGAAGACCGGCAAGAGCGCCGCCUUCAUUGGGUCCAUGUGCUUCCUCUUGCCUUAUGCCUUAGGCUUCCUCACCUUCUCCAUGCUCAACAGCUUCGGCAACUUGGAUGCCUCCUUGAAGCAUUCCAUGCCUUUCAUCAUCAUCGUCAACUCGUUGUCCACCUUCCCCGUCAUCACCUCGCUCCUCGUCGACCUGCGGAUCUUGAACUCGGAGGUUGGCCGGAUGGCCACGCAAGUGUCACUGGUGAGUGACAUGUGGUCGUGGAACAUGUCGAUGGUGGUCGGUACCGUGAACUUGGCCUUCCAAAGCUCCAAGAUGGAGACCCUGUGGUCGGUUGUUUUCACGAUGGCGUUCCUCCUGGUCAUUGCCUUCGUUAUUCGCCCCUUCUUGAGGUGGUCGACCAAAUCUGCAGAGGAAGGGGAAAUGAAGGAGAUGCAAUUCUGCGGGAUAAUGGUUAGCCUGUUGUGUUGUGGGCUAUUGUCGGAGAUUCUCGGCCAACACUCGGGCUUCGGGGCCUUUCUGAUGGGUUUGGUGUUGCCCGACGGGCCAGGGACGACCUUAGUGCAGAAGCUGGAGGCCAUCUCCAGCGUGCUGCUGGUGCCGGCUUUCAUGGCGUCGACCGGGUUGCGAAUGACUCCGGAGGGCAUGGGCGGAACAUCGUCGGUUUUCACGGAGCUCAUCAUAAUCAUGGGUUACGUUGGCAAGUUCUGCGGGACGCUCUUGUCAGCCAUCUGCUGCGGCUUGCCGCUCUGGGAUGCCAUCCCUCUGAGCCUCAUCAUGUGCUGCAAAGGCAUCAUCGAGCUCGCCAUUUACGUCCUGUGGUUAGAUAGGAAGAUCAUACCUAAUCAGGUUUACAAUCAACUGCUCCUCACUAUGCUAAUUGUGACUACAUUGGCAAGACCCAUCAUUGCCUACAUGUAUGAUCCAUCCAGGAGAUAUUUGGUCCAAGGAAGAAAAAACCUGCACGAGUGGAAGGAAGGGGUCAAGAUGCAGUUCCUGGUGUGUCUCCACGAUGAAGACCAUGUCCCCACAAUCAUGAACCUCCUCGAGGCUUCCCACCCCACUCCCCAUAGCCCUAUCGCCGUCUUCGUCUUGCACCUGCGAGAGCUCCAGGGCCGCUCCGCCUCGAUGCUCGCUCCCCAUCGCCACCAGCUCCACAAGUCCGCCUCCAAGGCAACCAGCUAUGACCACAUCGUCAACGUGUUCCAGUACUACGAGGAGCACAACUGCGGGAGCGUGGUCGUGCAGCACUUCACCGCCGUCUCGCCCUACGCGAGCAUCCACAACGACAUCUGCAUGCUCGCCUCAGACAAGAGGACCAACCUCGUCAUAGUGCCCUUCCACAAGACGUGGGCAAUUGACGGGUCCAUGGGGACGACCAAGCACGCGAUCCGGAACGUGAACAAGAACGUGAUGAACAAGGUGCCCUGCUCCGUCGGAAUCCUCAUCGACCGGGGCCACAUGACAAGCAACCAGUACAUGCUGACAAGCGAGUCGGCGCCAUUUCGGAUAGUCAUGCUCUUCUUGGGUGGCGCUGACGAUCGCGAGGCGCUUGCUUAUUGUAUGCGCAUGGUCGAGCAUCCAAAGGUCGACCUAACGAUAGCCUGGGUAAAGAACGACGAGUACCUGAAUGGAGAGGAAAGCGGUCUUGAUCAAGAACUGAUGGAUAUUUUCCGGGCUGCUGUAGGCGAGAGGAGAGUCAGGUACAUAGAGGAGACGGUGGCAGAUGGGGUGGGGACUACACAGGUGAUCCGUUCCUUCGAGGACAAGGUCGACAUGUUGAUCGCCGGCAAGCAUCAUGAUCCCUUGUCUCCGCUUAUCUCAGGUUUGACCGAGUGGAAUGAGUACCCGGAAUUGGGGGUCAUCGGCGACAUGCUAGCGACUUCCGAUUUCCAGUUCUCCGUCUUAGUAGUGCAGCGGGAGCCUGUGGGGUCCGGACCGCUCGGCUUGUUUUCCGGGUCUCAGAGUUACAGCCGUCCUUGGCGUAAUUCACUACGGAAAUUGAACACAGACAUCGGACCAAAGCUACCCGAGUAUCCUGCCUGAUGAGCACUGACUAAACCAUCAUCUUGCGUGCAGUGGGAUCGACACAGAGUGGCCUUGCAGUUGCUCCAUUGGCAUUGUAAACUUUUUCUUAAUGAAGAUCGCGCUAAAUGCCUAGGACAAUGCUGAAUUCUCUAGCAUGCUAUUAAGAUGUCGAGACCCAUCUUUGAAAGGGAGACGUUCCAACAUCCUCAGCUGAUGUUCAGCCAUGUAUAUUCGAGUUGGAAGUGAACGGUGUGAAGCAUA